UCCAGCGCGGGGAGAGGGUGCGCGGCGCGCGGCGGGCACCAUGCAGAGAGGCUGCGGGGGGCCUGGGGCAGCGCCGCGCUCCGCCGCCCACCUGGCGCUCUGAGCCCGCGCCGCCACCAUGUUCCCCAGCCCCGCGCUCACGCCCACGCCCUUCUCGGUCAAAGACAUCCUGAACCUGGAGCAGCAGCAGCGCAGCCUGGCCGCCGGGGAGCUCUCGGCGCGCCUGGAGGCCACCCUGGCGCCCGCCUCCUGCAUGCUGGCCGCCUUCAAGCCCGAGGCCUACGCGGGGCCCGAGCCCGCCGCGCCCGGCCUCCCCGAGCUGCGCGCCGCGCCCUCGCCCGCCAAGUGCGCGCCCGCCUUCCCCGCCGCGCCCGCCUUCUACCCGCGCGCCUACGGAGACCCCGACCCCGCCAAGGACCCUCGGGCCGACAAGAAAGAGCUGUGCGCGCUGCAGAAGGCGGUGGAGCUGGAGAAGCCCGAGGACGGCGGGGAGCGUCCCCGCGCGCGGCGGCGGCGGAAGCCCCGCGUGCUCUUCUCGCAGGCGCAGGUCUACGAGCUGGAGCGGCGCUUCAAGCAGCAGCGGUACCUGUCGGCUCCCGAGCGCGACCAGCUCGCCAGCGUGCUGAAGCUCACGUCCACGCAGGUGAAGAUCUGGUUCCAGAACCGGCGCUACAAGUGCAAGCGGCAGCGGCAGGACCAGACUCUGGAGCUGGUGGGGCUGCCCCCGCCGCCGCCGCCGCCCGCCCGCAGGAUCGCGGUGCCCGUGCUGGUGCGCGACGGCAAGCCGUGCCUCGGGGACUCGGCGCCCUACGCGCCGGCCUACGGCGUGGGGCUCAACGCCUACGGCUACAACGCCUACCCCGCCUACCCGGGCUACGGCGGCGCGGCCUGCAGCCCCGGCUACAGCUGCGCCGCCGCCUACCCCGCCGCGCCGCCCCCCGCGCAAACGGCCACGGCCGCCGCCAACAACAACUUCGUGAACUUCGGCGUCGGGGACUUGAACGCCGUGCAGAGCCCCGGGAUUCCGCAGGGCAACUCGGGGGUGUCCACGCUGCAUGGCAUCCGGGCCUGGUAGGGAAGGGACCUGCCUGGGGCGCCCCGACCGACCGACCGGCUCGGGGAGGGCGCCCCCGACUUCCCUCGCCUUUGUCCCCCGACCCCCGCGCGGGAGUUGGUGGCCGAGUUUACGC